GGGCGGCUGGCCUGGUGGGGGCUGACCCCCACCUCCCUCCUGGAUGGGGUGGCUGCCGGGCAGAGACGCUCCUCACUUCCCAGACGGGGUGGCUGCCGGGCGGAGGGGCUCCUCACUUCUCAUAUGGGGUGGUUGCCAGGCGGAGGGUCUCCUCACUUCUCAGACGGGGCGGCUGGGCAGAGACGCUCCUCACCUCCCAGACGGGGUCGCGGCCGGGUAGAGGCGCUCCUCACUUCCCAGACGGGGCGGCGGGGCAGAGGCGCUCCCCACAUCUCAGACGAUGGGCGGCUGGGCAGAGACGCUCCUCACUUCCUAGAUGGGAUGGUGGCCGGGAAGAGGCGCUCCUCACUUCCUAGAUGGGAUGGCGGCCGGGCAGAGACGCUCCUCACUUUCCAGACUGGGUAGCCAGGCAGAGGGGCUCCUCACGUCCCAGAUGAUGGGCGGCCAGGCAGAGACGCUCCUCACUUCCCAGACGGGGUGGCGGCCGGGCAGAGGCUGCAAUCUCGGCACUUUGGGAGGCCAAGGCAGGCGGCAUGCUUCGCCGGGUGGUCAGAGCUAUUCGCCCAUAGUCCGUAGCCCAGAGCCGGGGCUGCUCGGCUCUCCGUCCCGGGGGGCCGGGGCCGGGCUGGAGGCGUGCGAGCCUCUCACCGCCGCCUCCCAGGGCAGCCACCCGAGCCGCCGCCGCCGCCGCCGCCGCCCGAGUCAUCAAAAUUUUUUUCUCCCAUUGUUAACCAACUAAUUGUGUGGCCAUCAGUAAGUUAUUUCACCCUUCUGUGCCUCAAUGUGUUUCUGUUCUUUAAAACAAAACCUGUUUUGCCUUCAUUCCCUACUCUAAAUCUCCCCCUUUUCUCUUCCCUCUUGCCCUUUCUUUCUCUGUAUUUUUCUAGCCGCUUCAUUGCUGCUGAUUUUCUCCAUUUCUCUUUUUCUUCUCGCUUCUCUAGUGGUUCCUUCUCAUUCCCUAUUCACAUUCUCUUCAGUCCUCACUGCGCAGAUACCAAUCUUGAUCCUGAGCCUGUUCUUUUUCCUUUAGGGGAUUUGAGUUUCGAUGGGACAGCUUGAGGCUGGCCAUUGCUAAAGCCUGGGGCAUGGGAGAAUGGGGAAUUGUUCCAUCUUCUGUUGUCCUGACUUCUUUCCAGGUGAUGUCAAGAGUUUUUCUAAUAUGGGCAGUAACACAUAGCGUCAAAGAGGUACAGAGUGAAGACAGUGUCCUCCUGUUUGUUAUUGCCUGGACGAUCACGGAAAUCAUUCGUUACUCCUUUUAUACAUUCAGUCUAUUAAACCAUCUGCCUUACCUCAUCAAAUGGGCCAGGUACACACUUUUCAUUGUGCUGUACCCAAUGGGAGUGUCAGGAGAACUGCUCACAAUAUAUGCAGCUCUGCCCUUUGUCAGACAAGCUGGCCUAUAUUCCAUCAGUUUACCCAACAAAUACAAUUUCUCUUUUGACUACUAUGCAUUCCUGAUUCUAAUAAUGAUCUCCUACAUUCCAAUUUUUCCCCAGUUAUACUUCCACAUGAUACACCAGAGAAGAAAGAUCCUUUCUCAUACUGAAGAACACAAGAAAUUUGAAUAGUUGCUGCUUUCUGCACCUCCCACCAAAACAAACUUUUCAAUGAUCAAAAAAUGCUGCAGAUUUUUUGAGUUCCCAAUACGUUUCAUAGAAAAUAAGUAAGAACUAUUUUUAAAAUAUUCAAACAAAACUAAAACAAAAAUCCAGUGUCACAUGGGCCUGAGAUUUUAUUUUAGAAAAAGGUUGUUACAUAAAACACCCUGGCCAGUUCAUUUCAGCAUGCUCUUUCAACCAGAAGUUCUUAAUAUUUAUGAUGGCACUAGAAAGGGAUUUGGCAUUUUAUGUCCUUCUGUGUCCUUCAUGUAUCUGAUCAAUGAAGACCUGUAACACUAAGUACUUGAGAGUUACAGUCUGAAUAAUGAAGUCGUACCAGUUGAAUAGCCCAGCUUGCAGUAUAGUUAUGUUUCAGUCUGCAGUGUGUUUAGCAUUCCCUUGUCAAAGUGCUUGACUGCAUGCUGGAAACUUUGUAUUUUUGAAGCGGCAAACUCUGUUCUCUGGAAUGCUCUGAAGUUAUGGCUGGGACCUAUCCCCUCAUAUCUAAUGAAUGAAUGUAUAUGUCUAUGAAGCUUCGGGGUAGUGCCCGUAAUCAGAAAACAACUUAGAACCCUUUUGUUUGUUUCCAAUUGAGUCAUUACUGCCUGCCACUAAGAAACGUGCUUGAAUCUAAUAAGUAUGUGUAUACCGUAAAGAAUAUAUCUUAUCUGGAGCUCAGCCUCAAUCAUGUCUUAACAAAAUGACAGGUCUCAGAAAGGGGGAGCUCAAUAGCUCAUAAGUGACAAGUCCUUUUCACAGCACCGUUCUCAGAACACCUCUGAGUAACGUGUUUGCCAGUAGCUAUUCUCACUGAUGCACUGAUGGCCCUGAAGAAGCGGAUCCAGUCACAUAGGAAAGGAGGCUGUGUUAGUGAAAGCACAUGGAAGGUGUUGCUUUAGAAAGGUAGUCAGGAAAAACAUUCAGGAAUAGAUUUAUACACCAUUAUUGUUUUAUUUUUUAAUUUUCAUUCACUCUUCUGUUUGGAUACUUUUGCUAAUUAACGUCCUAUGUUAAUUUCCACCAAGCUAUAAGUCCAUAGUCAGUAAAACAUUCCACUUGGGCUGUCAUGAGCUAAAAGCAGUAUCAUCUCUGCAUGUUGGAGCAGCCAAGAAAUAGUUUGGUACUACCGACAUUGUCUAAUCCAUGUCACAUCCUCAUACAAUUUAAUUGCUCAACCAUGCAUUUAAAACUCCUCAAGAAAGGAUUGGUACUGCAACUGUAGGUAAACAAAAAAAAUAAGAAAGAAAGAGUUGGAUGAAAGUGUGAAAGCCCAAGUUUAGAUGUGCAUUAAGUAUUAAAUAGCACAGUAUCUUCUUUAUGGAGCCUUUUUUCCUCCCCCAUCCCCUGCAGCUGCCUUUUUUUGGGGGGGGGUGUUGAUGUUGAACUUUAAGAGUUUAAAAGUUUAGCUUAUUGAGUAGUUGUCAUUUAAAAUAUAAUUGCGAAUAUCAGAAAACUCAUACUGGAAAACUAAAUUUUUUUUUUCUCUUGAGACGGAGUCUCGCUCUGUUGCCCAGGCUGGAGUGCAGUGGCGCGAUCUCGGCUCACUGCAAGCUCCACCUCCCGGGUUCACGCCAUCCUCCUGCCUCAGCCUCCUGAGUAGCUGGGACUACAGGUGCCCGCCACCACACCCAGCUAAUUUUUUUUGUAUUUUUAGUAGAGACGGGGUUUCACCGUGUUAGCCAGGAUGGUCUCGAUCUCCUGACCUCGUGAUCCACCCACCUCGGCCUCCCAAAGUGCUGGGAUUGCAGGCAUGAGCCACUGCGCCCAACCCCUGGAAAACUAAAUUUUUAAGUGCUUAUUUUUAUAGAAGUUUGAAACUUUAAUGCAGGCAGGUGUGUAAUAAAUUAUUUUUGAAUUGAACAUUAAAAUUCUGCUUCUUAAAGUCAGCACUCAACUUGGACAUGUUGAAAUUAGAAUCUAUUCUUGUAUUUGAUAGACAAAAUAUGUGGGAAAGAUUUUUUGCAUGGCUUUUCUCUCGUUUUAUUCUUCCAUAAUGUAUUUCUACUAUAAAAUAGAAUCAACUUGGGUUAUAUUUGUCAUUUACUUUAUUCUGUUAGAUUUUUUCAGUUGUUUUUGGAAAAAUUCUAGAAAUCAGGAUGAAAAAUGCAGCUUUUCCAGGGUUGCUGGACUGGGGGUUUUAUUUGGGCCUCCAUAUUAUAAUUUGUCACUACUUAUAAAAAACAUUCUGUUGCAAACAGUGGUGUUGCAUUGAAUUGAACUUUGGCAAUGAGAACACAGCACACAGCUCCCUUUUCAAAAAGGGUCUCAACCCGUGUGUAUUUUUGUACAUCAACAUUUAGAAUACUUAUGGCAGAUAAGUAAGGCAUGUCACUGUGUCCUUCAGUAACCUCUCUCAGUAACUGGUUUCUUUAUCCCUAACAUGAAUUCAUUUCUCCUUUGAAGUCAUUUAUUAUUUUAUAAAUUGAGAACAACCACACCACCAAAUGUCACACCUUCUUAUAAAGUGUGAACAAGGAAGGUCAUGUUUUUGUGGGUAUUUUGUCAGACUUAGAGGUUUCAUUUCAGGGCAUAGUCAAAGGCAUCAUCCUCCCAACUACCCACUUGAUUAUGUGUUUCAGAUCCCCCCAUGGGGGCCUCCUUCUGACAGAGAAUUCUUUGAGGUCCGCAGUAGUGCUUUUGUCAGCACAGACUGCUAAUCUACAUCUUGCUGCGUUCUGUUUGCUGAGGUUGGGCUCAUUCAUUUAACACGUACCAACCAUUAUCCAGAGGCACCAUGGAGAGUUAGUCAUGGAAUAAAGCACUGUCCUUGCAGAUGAAAAAAGUCUCCAGAGCAGACUUCUGACAGGAAAGGUUUAGAUGCUGGAGAGUUGAAGAGGUGUAAGAAGAGAUCGUGCCCUCAUUUUUCACUUAUUUUUUUGGUUAUUCAUUUAUAAUAAAAGGUUGGCAUUGAUGUGGUACAACCUGCAAAUUACUUGCAGUUCUGAGUUUCAGAUAAAACAUUAUAAAACAUUAAAUUCAAUACAUACUGCUCCUUUGAAAUUUGGGUAAAAAAUUAUACAACCGUAUAUAUAGUCAUUUUUGUAUUUUUUCUAUGUUGUGAAAACCAAAAUUGUAAUUUUAUAAGUCUUUGAUUCACUAAAAUUAUAUAAUUUAAAUGUAUUUUUUGUAUAUUUAGAAAUAAGGAGUCCAGAGACUACGCUUAACUUUCUAUGCAUGCAUUUGAAAGCUGUUUUUACCUGAUAAUGUUAAUGUAGUAAUAAGUUGUAUUCAUAAAAUACUGAUCUGUGUUGCAUUUCAAAAUAAACUGGUGUGUGCUCUGCCUGGAUUUGAAA